GGCUCGGUGAUAAACGUCCGAGCGGAUAAUGGUUAUUCUAUCAAUCCAUGAUACCCGCAUCUAUAACUCGACGCGUUCGACGAUUUUUCUUCACGUUUACGUGUCUAAUAUCUCAUGCUCAUCGACGAAAUGACGUCCUUUCUGAAAAACGUACUGUUGAACAGAAGAAAAACUGCUGCGUUCUUGUCGGCAAGCCUUAACUCGCCGUCGAGAUGGUUUUGUGCCAGCCAGACACAACCAAUCGACAACAAUGCCGAUACAUUGCCACCCGUUUCACAGAAUGACCAACUUGACAAAUUGUACAAGACUAUAGAAUUUGAGUGUCGUGGAAAUGACCCCGCCGUAUUGCGCAGUUAUACUCAAUUUGCUACAAUGGCAGCUAAUGAACUAGGGAUUCAAAUUGGAAAAUGCUGGUCUCCUCGUAAAGCCCAUCAUGAACGAUAUACAUUAUUGCGAUCUAUUCAUGUUCACAAAAAAUGUAGAGUGCAGUAUGAGGUAAGAACAUGGUUUAGAUUCAUUCAUUUUCAUAAGCUUACUGGAUCUACUGCAGAAACCUUUUUGGAGUACACACAGAGAAAUUUACCUGAAGGAGUUGCACUUAAAGUAACCAAAGUACUUUUAGAAAAAAAUCCUGAAAGUAUUGCGUCACAUAUGAAAUUGAAAAUAGUUUGA